AUGGCAGAAGAGCCUCCUCCCGGCGUCAGGAGCACAGAUCUCCUCGCAGCAUCUCCUGUCAGACCAGGGGGAGGCACUGGGCCGGGCAAGCGGGUCCUCCCUCUGCACUCGGACCUGUGUGGCAGGAAGCCUGGCUUGGAAGAGGAGGAGGAGGGAGGGUCGAGUCGAGGCAGCGGUGCAUGUAAAUGGUUCAACGCGCGGAUGGGUUUCGGCUUCCUGUCCAUGAGCAGCAGAGACGGGGAGCCGCUGGACGCGCCCGUCGACGUGUUUGUCCACCAGAGCAAGCUGCACAUGGAGGGCUUCCGCAGUCUCAAAGAGGGCGAGGCGGUGGAGUUCACCUUUAAGAAAUCAUCCAAAGGUCUGGAGUCUCUCCGGGUUACUGGGCCGAACGGAGUCCCGUGUGUGGGCAGCGAGAGGAGACCCAAGGGUGCCCAGAAACGACGCUCCAGGGGAGACAAAUGCUACAACUGUGGAGGGCCGGACCACCACGCCAAACAAUGCCAGCUGCCCCCUCAGCCUAAAAAGUGCCAUUUCUGUCAGAGCGCCUCUCACAUGGUCGCCAGCUGUCCGGCCAAAGCACAGCCGUCCUCGCCGGGCGCCCAGGGAACAGCCGCCCGGCUGAGGGCCGAGGGCCGGAGACCGGCCCAGCCUGCGCGCGGGGCCGACUGA